UUAAUAAAUGUUGUACACAACUUUAAUAAUAGGACGUUGUUCCCUGUUGAUUAUAUAAGAUACAUGCAUAUUUUAUCCAUUUUAUCAAUCAUGGUAUUUAGCAGAAAGGUUGCAAGUAUAAGCCGGCAAUUACAAAAGGCCGGGACGUUCACUUAUAUUAAAUUAUGCUGCGCGAACCGGUUCCGCUUUUGCGAUGAAUGGAGCAACGUACACGUUAUACGCAUGCGUGAACGGUACCUAAUUAACUAGGAAGUUCAUUAAAAUAUUUGGAAAAGAAGAGAUGACUGAUCAGGAUCAAGAGUUUCCUGCUCAGUGGGCACUUGAUCUUCUGCGAGGGCCAACAAUUUAUAAAGAGGCAUUUUAUAUUAAAUAUUUAGCAGAAAUAACAUGUACAAUUUCUGGUGCUGGUACAAUGCUUGUUACUAAUUUUAUUAUGCACAAACCUUUAUACAGUGCAUUACCUUGGCAUUUCUUUUGGACUGCUGUUGGUUUUGCAAUAGGAAGAACAGCAACGAUUUUUGCUGAUUACAAAUUUGCAAAACGUGAUGCAAUGAUAGUAGAUUAUAUAAAACUUCACCCAGAACGUUUUCCUCCACCUAGAAAUAAAAAACUUGCAGAAAUAAUUGAACCAUGGUUCCCGAUUCGAUAAACAGCUGUGCGUGGUACCACGGAGAUUUGUCAUCGGCGGAGAAGCUACUCUUACAGCACUGCGAACCGGGGUUCGUCAGCAAUACCUUCUGCCAUGGUUACAUGGGAACCAGACGGUAGGAACCGUUCUUAGCUCAUUGGCUGACCACUUUCUACCACCGUUAGUGAUGGCCUCAAGUACUUCGCAAGUCAUGGGAUCAGGUGCAACAAGUACGCUGUCGAACACGCUAGCAUUCCUUAGGGAAAAGGAGGGAUUUUAGGAGAUACGCGUCAUAAUAACAUUUUUUAUUGCAAUAAAGAAUAAAUAGUAAAACCUGACCUUUUAUUCUGAUAAACGAUUAAAAAAUUCA